UUUAACUUUAACAAAGUAGUGUACACAGUCACAAGUUCACAACUCUUGGUGUCCUGAUUCUCGCACGUGAGCGCGCACCUGUAUGCGUGCGCGCCGCCGUUGCUGCGGAAUUCAUGGCUGUUGGAGGCUGAGGUCGGCCGAUUAAGAAAAUAAUGAACAACAAAUUUGACGCUCUGAAAGAUGACGACAGCGGCGACCACGACCAGGACCAAGGCUCACCGAAAGACAGCGAGAAGGAAAACAAUGAAGACGAGGACCAGGAGCAGAACUCUACAAAGAAAAAGAUGGUGGUACCAGGGGCAGGUGAGCACCCUCUACAGUACAACUACACAUUUUGGUACUCCAGACGAAACCCAGGUCGACCAGCCAGCACUCAGAGCUACGAGCAGAACAUCAGACAGAUUGGCAGCUUUGCCUCGGUGGAGCAGUUCUGGCGUUUCUACAGUCACAUGAUCCGACCAGGCGACAUAACGGGCCACAGUGACUUCCAUCUCUUCAAAGAAGGCAUUAAACCCAUGUGGGAGGACGAUGCCAACAAGAUGGGCGGGAGGUGUAUCAUCCGUCUGAGGAAAGGCUUGGCGUCGCGCUGCUGGGAGAACCUGAUCCUGGCAAUGCUGGGAGAGCAGUUCAUGGUCGGAGAGGAGAUCUGCGGCGCCGUCGUGUCCGUCAGGUUCCAGGAGGACAUUAUUUCCAUCUGGAACAAAACAGCCGGCGACCGGUCUACCACGACCCGCAUCAGAGAUACACUGCGACGAGUCCUCAACCUUCCCCCCAACACCUUAAUGGAAUACAAGACACACAACGAUAGCAUUAAGUAUAGCCUGGGAAGACUUCCAUGGUCUGAUGAAUCCUAGCGGCGGACGUUAGCCCCCGCAAAGACGCCACAGACCUCUGCAAGGUGUGUUUUUACAGGUGACGUUGCUGUGGGCGCAAGAAGCCCCUGAGGGGGGGUCGAUAACCUCUGCGUGGAUUGACCCAAGCAAGCGACAAGAGACGAGAAAAGCGUUCCUUUGUUGUGUCAGCUUGGAGACGAGCAGAAAGCCCUUUGAGCAGAAGACAAGGCGAGGGGAGCAUUAUUUUUAACCUGGAAGCCUCAAGUGUAUUUUUUACUUUUAUAGCAAGUUAUAAUUCAAGAGUGGAUUAAUGACGUUUGCCAAUUUGGUCUAAACGUGGCUAAAUGCAUCAACUUGAAUCUACUGAAGGUGGGAGUUUCAUCAAAAUACUUUGUUUUGGGACUCAACAAAGGCUUUUACCUACAAUUCCUCUAAUCAUUUCCAACUUUUUUUUACUGUUCCUGUGUAAAAGUUAUCUGUAAAAGCAGAUCAAUUAGAAAAAAUAAUGACAUCGGUCUCCUCUGAAAACUUAAGUGGGAACCCAAAGGAGGAGCAUCCCAAUGUGGGGCGGACAUACACCUGGCAUGAGUGGACCGCCACGCUGCCUGUAUCACUGUGCCUCACGCCAACUAUGUUCCCUAACUGUCAGUCUGGCCUUCACCCGCUAGUCCAAGGAAUGGACUACUAUGCUUUAAAGUCCUCAACUGGCAGGCGUAAAGACUAUCUGCUAUUUUGUAGUACAAGUAAUGAAGCUGGGCUUGGAGUCAACGUCACCCAUUGGAAGCUUGCUGGGGAAGCAUCUGUCGUUCGUUGGCAAGCUGCUAACACCACUCAUGUCUGGAAGAGUGUGUGUGUGUGCGUGUGCGUGUUCGGCAUGGUUGGAUAUUUGCUUGAUGGAUAAUAGCAAUAAAUGAAAAAUAUGUAGCUGCUGCUAAUCUGUCUCAGUCAAAUAUGUAGAUUGUCAAAAAGUUCCAUAUAGUAAACUGCUAGUUGUCAAAACAACUUGCAAAAACGUAUUUAUUUGGUCUGAAUUUAGGUGCUAAAUUUGAAUAACUUAUAUGAAAAAAGAUUUACCUGUAUAUUUCAUUAAGUUGAUACAUAUAAGACACAUUAAAUAUGUUUAGAAUGUGAUAUAAUAAAAAAAGAUACUGUCUCAUGAUAUGAGUUGAAAAUGUUUAAUUUUUUAAAACAACAUAUUUCAUUUGACCCAUAAUGACGUCUUCAGCUCAUCUCAAAGAACAUGUAAUUCUGUGGAGAGAUCAAAGAACAGUGUUAUACAAUUUAAUGCAGUAAUGUUUCUUUCAAACUUUUUUUAACUAUACAUACAGUGCACCCGGAAAGUAAUCACAGUGCUUCACUUUUUACACAUUUUAUGUUACAGCUUUAUUCCAAAAUGAAAUAAAUUCAUGUUUGUCCUCAAAAUUGUGCACUCUAUACCCCAUAAUGACAAUGUGAAAAGUUGUUGUUGUUUUUUUUGAAAUGUUGAACAUU